GUUACUUAACGGCAUCUCCCAGGGUUAUGCCUAGCUCUUCGAACCUCUCUUCUCUCUCCUCUCUUCUCUCUAAGAAGUCCAACCGGCAAAAAGAAAGAAAAUGUCCGUCCAAUUCGACGCCAUCGGCGACCACUACACCUGCAUCAAAGAAACCCCCGGCUCGCUCCUAGAGCUACACACUCUACGCACCAGCCUCGGCGACAUCACCGAUCAGAGCGUGCUAGACCUAGCCUGCGGAUCCGGAUUCUAUGCUCAGAAAGCCAUGCAGUGGGGCGCUCGCAGCGUCACGGGUGUCGAUAUCUCGCGUGUCAUGCUCGACGAUGCGAGCCGCCGGUUGUCCUGCUCCCGUGACGAGUGGGAUCCUCAGCUCCAGCUCUACCAGAUUGACUGUGGUCAAGCGUUCGACUUGGGGCAGCGAUUCGACGUCGUGCUGGCGGUCUGGUUGCUGAACUACGCGAGCACGAGGGCCGAGAUGGUGACGAUGUGGAUGAAUAUUGCGCGGCAUUUGAAACCCGGUGGGCGGUGUUUGGGCAUCGUCCCGAACUUUGAUAUGUUGGGAUACGGUGACAAGGUGUUUCCUGGGGCUCUGGAGUGGGGGUAUAAGAUUGGGGUGGUCGGGAAGGUGGAGGAGGGUGUCAAGCUGAGGGUCGAAGCGGAUGUGGAGCCGGCGUUUGGGUUUAAUUGCUUUGAGAUGCAGAGGCAGGUGUAUGAGGAGUGUGCGCGCAUGGCGGGCUGUGUUGUGCAGUGGUUGCCCAUGGUGGAUCCGGUUGAUGAGAGGGUCAAUUUUGCGAGUAUACUGCCGAGGGCGGCUUCGAGGGUGUUUUGGGCGACGAGGGAUGAUAAGGACUUGGUCGGAGCUUGAGGUGGAAGGGUUAUUCCCCCUGUCAAAGCAAGUGAAUUGCUCCAUUCAACUUCCUAAGACUUUUGAGUACCACCCAGGCUUUCCUAUUUGGAAAAGACUCAUUGCAGUUGCU